UUUUUCAUUUUUCAAGUUCGUCUCUCUGAAAAUAUAAUAAGUAAUGAAAAUAAUGAAAAAUAUGGGCAAAGGAUAUCUUUCAUCAACAUUUGCUGCAAUAAAAAAUGUGGUGGUAGUUUUGAAUUUUUUAUCACUGCUUUCAGGGUUUAUUCUAAUUGUCGUAGGGUAUUACCUUACCAGUACAGAAGCAGAAGUGUCUCUUGUAACUUCAUCAGCUAUUAAAUAUCGUUUUCCGCAUGUUCUUAUUUCUUUGGGUGGAUUAAUUUCUCUUGUCAGUUUUUUAGGAUGUUAUGGUGCAGCGAACCAAAAAAUUACUUUCUUGAAGGUGUAUGUAAUUUCAUUAUUCAUAUGUAUAAUCAUUCAAAUAAUUAUUGGUAGUGUUGCUUUCGCCUACCAUCAGGAUGUUGAUUCGAUCCUUGAUAGAUCAUGGUCAAAGGCUUUCCGUGAUGAUAAACAAUUAAUAGCUGAUGUAGAACAAUAUUUCCGUUGUUGUGGAUUUAAUAGUCUUUCAGAUCGCGCAGUUCCUCCAUGUAGAUAUUAUACUCCAUGUUAUGCGUCAAUGAAAGAUUCUUUAACAUAUAGUUUACAAACAAUCGGAAUUGUAGGUGUUGUGUUAGGGAUAUUAGAGCUUAUUUGUCUGCUUUUAGCUGCUGUAUUAAUCAUCCAUAUUAUUCGUAUUCAUCGCGAAGAACCUAAUGAAAGGCAAGCUUUGUUGGCAGAGACACGAAGACUUGAUGAUGCUAUUCGUCAAACCUACGAACGUCGAUGUAGAUUACAUUCUUCCUAAUUCAUAAUUAUUUUAGAGAUUUUUUUAAAGCAUUAUUUAUUCCAGCUGGUAAGAUUAUUAGAUCUUUCUUUGUCUGUUAUUAUUAUUCUUUCUUUAAUAGAAUUGUAAUUUAUCUGUAUUUAUAAGCUAAAAAAACCGAAUUUAAUAAAACGAAACUUUUACUAUAGUAUUAUUAUGGGUU